CGCGACGCGAACGCUCACGAACACGUCGUGUCCUCCUUCGGACAGGACUUUUUUUGUUCCUUGCGCGGCUUUUCACGCGACCUGGACGCGGCCACUGUUCCACUCGCGAAUUCAAUCCAGGUCGGGACUCGUGACAAUCCGCGUCGCGGAAGAAGCCGAUUUUGCGGAUCGAGAAUGAAGUGGUGAAAAUUUUAAUUUUGUGGUCGCAAUCGUCGAUUUCGCACGACACCCGACGGAAGUGCAUUCUUGCCGAGAAGACUCCUCGGAAGCUACCUCGGAGAAGAAGAUUGACAGCUAGCGAUAGUAAUUUCCCGUCUGACGUUUCGCGGCUCGCCGGUCUGUCAGUGACGCCGGAAGUUGCGAAUGAACGAUCGUGAAUGCGCAAAUCCCGACGUCAGUGUCCGUUGAUCUCGCGCUUCUUUGAUCCCCACGACCGCUCGUUUGUCCGAUAAUCUACCUUUUGUUUCGUGACGGAAUGUGUAAACACAUAAAUCGAGACGGGACGGGGAAUCGUCAACAAGAAACGAGGUUUUGAAAGCUGUGAUAAUUGAUCGCGUGCUCGAAGAUAAGUGGAACCUUGUCGUCGAUCUUAUUCCUGGACCAGCGCCAACCUCGUGCGCGAUGUACGUCAGUCCGAUCAGUUGAAAUUCUACUCUUCCGCAUCGAUCGUCGUCGUACGCAGUUUAGCUACCGUUUGCAUUUUUUUUUGUUUUGCAAAACACGACCGAUUUUCGAUUUUCUCACGCGCGAGGAUCGACAAUCGUCGUCGGUCGGGAAACCGGUAGCGAUUCUUAUCCGGAGAAACGAAGUUGAAGGCUAAAAUGCGCCUGGAGGCAGGGAAUAUCGGCUGCGUCGGUUUUGCCGUGCGAAAGGUACGGCAUUGUCGCCGCGCGGCGGUCGGCUUUUGACCUUUGCGCGUGCCGCGUAGAACCGGAAAAAAAAAUCUCGAGCGAAAGUCUCGACGGAACCACAGCUGCAGAGCGGAGCCCGGCUGUUCUUUGUCUCGUGCCGUUCGCGCCUCGAGGUCAUGAAGGUUCGAAGCUAUCCCGGCCGAGCGGUUCUGGAGGACCCGGAACUCCUGCUGGACCCGGACGCGACGCGCGGCCGCGCCAUGGAGCUGCUCUAUGAGGCCAGCUGGCGGGAAUGCGGGGUCAAUUGGACCAACGGCGGCGACGGUGGCGUCAGCAAAAUCGCCAGCCGACAGCAGGACGACGAGUCCUACACCAGACGGCCCUGCGUGGCCGAUAUGGUGUCGCAGCUAGAGGCCGAGCUGGAGGAUCGACAUCCGGACGAGUCAAAGGAGUCGUUGAUGAAGAAGGAGAUCGCGCGAUCUAGCCGCGGAUCUAGCAGCACCGACACCACCGACAGCGACUGUUCCGAGCUGAACCAGUCAUCGUCCAAUAACGCUCAAGGAGGCUUCCUCAUUCCGCGGCCGAGACUGAUCGUGCCGGUUCACACCUACGCGAGGAGAAGACGCACCGGCGCGCCGCAGCCCGUAAAAAGACGUCAAAUGCGCGAAGAGGGUAAAGUCGAGGUGUCGAGGGACGGCAAGUAUCUCAGCACUUUGCAGCAUGGGAAGGUACUGGGUGAGCUUGCGAUUCUUUACAACUGCAAGCGCACGGCAACGAUCACCGCCGCGACCGACUGCCAUCUCUGGGCCAUCGACCGGCAAUGCUUCCAAACGAUUAUGAUGAGGACCGGCCUCUCGAGACAGGCGGAAUACACGGACUUCUUGAAGAGCGUACCGAUCUUCAAAAAUCUGCCCGAGGAGACUCUGAUCAAACUUUCGGACGUUUUGGAAGAGACAUUUUACAAUCACGGGGACUAUAUAAUCAGACAAGGAGCGAGAGGUGACACGUUUUUCAUUAUCAGUAGAGGAGAAGUGCGUGUGACGAUAAAGCAACCAGAUACGACGGAAGAAAAAUACAUCAGGACAUUGAGAAAAGGUGACUUUUUCGGCGAAAAGGCUUUGCAAGGAGAUGAUCUCAGGACCGCUAAUAUCAUCGCUGACGAUCCAGAAGGAGUGAGCUGUCUGGUAAUAGACCGCGAGACAUUUAAUCAGUUAAUUUCAUCCUUGGACGAAAUCCGAACGCGAUACAGAGACGAGCUGGUAGAGCGUAGGAGACUAAACGAGGAAUUCCGGGAUGUAAGAUUGCAAGAUCUUCGGACUAUCGCGACUCUCGGCGUGGGUGGUUUCGGAAGAGUCGAAUUAGUUCAAAUUGCCGGAGACAGCACGCGGUCCUUCGCGCUGAAGCAAAUGAAGAAGGCGCAGAUAGUCGAGACUCGGCAGCAGCAACACAUCAUGUCGGAGAAGAGGAUCAUGAGCGAGGCGGAUUGCGACUUUGUGGUGAAGCUGUACAAGACCUUCAAGGACAGGAAGUAUCUGUACAUGCUGAUGGAGGCUUGUCUGGGCGGCGAGUUGUGGACCGUUCUCAGGAACAGGGAACACUUCGACGACGCUACCACGCGAUUUUACACCGCCUGCGUUGUGGAAGCAUUCGAUUAUCUGCACUCGAGAAAUAUUAUUUAUAGAGAUCUUAAACCGGAAAAUCUGCUGUUAGAUAAUCAAGGAUACGUCAAACUCGUGGACUUCGGGUUUGCUAAACGUUUGGAUCACGGACGAAAAACGUGGACUUUCUGCGGCACGCCGGAAUACGUGGCGCCGGAAGUUAUUCUGAACAAGGGUCACGACAUAAGCGCCGAUUACUGGUCUCUGGGAGUUCUCAUGUUCGAGUUGCUCACAGGCACGCCUCCGUUCAAUGGCACCGAUCCGAUGAAAACGUACAAUAUUAUUCUGAAAGGUAUAGACGCUAUCGACUUUCCCAGAUCUAUCACACGUAACGCGAUGGCGCUCAUUAAGAAGCUUUGCAGGGACAAUCCAGCGGAACGUCUUGGGUAUCAAAAAGGCGGUAUCAGUGAGAUACAGAAACACAAAUGGUUCGAUGGUUUUAACUGGGAAGGUUUGAGAACGCGAACGCUGGAACCCCCAAUACUGCCAAAAGUCCAAAGCGCUAUAGACACUGCGAACUUCGACGCUUAUCCGGCGGAUACCGAUCCGCCGCCGCCCGACGAUGUUUCCGGUUGGGACAACGAUUUUUGAUCGAAAAAACAUAGGUUUUUUUUUAUAUUUAAUAUUUGCGAUUAAUCAACUGGCAGGAAAAAUAGUCGUAAAAGAACAAUAAGAUCUCUCGAUGAUACGAGACAAUUGGCGGCACCUGCAUUUAUUUAUAUCUUCUCUCAUAUUACGUGAUACACAGAUUGCAGUCGCAUUUUAUCAUAUUUUAUUUACAUACAUUUUUCAUUUAUAUCUCUUACGAAAACAACGAGAGAGAUCGCGCUGUGAUAAGAAAAAUCAUGAACGUUUUUAUUUUCGGAACGAACGGAAUGAUCAAACAAAACUCAAACAAACAAAGGUUUUAGGCAAUCUUUUAUUUAUAUUGUAUGUCGCGUCUGUCGAGUUUAUCUGUUCUAGCGGUAAAAAUGUCCUCUCCAGUGUUGUAUACAUCGUAAUAGGAUACUUAUGCAAGUGUCAAGUGCCAUUAUUAUGCCUCGUAGAGGUGAAUCGAUACACAUCGUAUACUUGUGCUCAGAAACGCGGUCACGUCUAAGAAACAGCUCAAGUCCAAGGCCGGUUAGUCUAAUCUUACAUUAGUGAAU